AAGCAAAAAAAAAAAAGUUGAUUAUUCAUCUAUUCUAAAGAAGUUUCUUUAAAAGUUAUGGCAAAAAUAUAUUGUUGGGGUUUGUCUAAAAAUGGUCAAGCAGGACCAUGUAAAGAUGGAAAAGUUUUAAUACCUCAGCUAAUUGAAUAUGAUCACAAAUUGUACGGUCAUGUGAUUGAUAUUUCAGCAGGUGGACUUUUUACUGCAGCGAUUACAGAUCGCAAUUAUAUACUUUCUUUUGGUUGUGGAAAAUAUGGAAGGUUAGCUGGUUCUGUUAAUGAGGAAGAUAGUAAAAAUAUAAUUGCAUACAAAUUUGAUGAUAGCAAUAAAAAUUUGUCGGCUAUAUCUUGUGGAAUAUGGCAUGCCUGUAUUUUAACACAAUGUGGCUCAGUGUAUGUUUGGGGUUAUAGUAAGGCUUGUGGAUCAACAAAUAAUAUGCUAACUCCUCAAAAAGUAGAUUUAUUAAAUGUAGUUGGUAUUGCAUGUGGAAAUAAUUUUACAUUGUGUUGGACUACAUGUGGCAAAGCUUAUUCUUGGGGAGUGAAUAACCAUGGUGUUUUAGGACAUGGAAAUUCAAGUUAUAAAAUAGAAGACUCGCCAAAAGAAAUUACUGGGUUUUGUGAUCAUUUCAUUGUCCAGAUGAGUGCUGGAACAACUCAUUGUGGUGCUGUAACAAAAGAUGGUUAUUUAUUUGUUUGGGGCAACAAUAAGUAUGGUGCACUUGGUAUUGUUGGUGAAACUAAAGAUAUCCUCAAACCAAAACUUGUUGACAAUGUUUCUAAUGUAAAGCAGAUCAGCUGUAACAUUGGUGACAAUCAUGGCCAUUCAUUAUUACUUACUACUAGUGGCAGGUUAUUUGCUUCUGGGGAUGGGUAUAAAGGAAAGCUAGGUUUAGGGAAUUUUAAUUCUAGCUCCAUAUUCCAGAAUCAAUCUAAAAUAAACUUUGUUCAGAUUUGCUCAGGUGGUAUUCAUAGUGCUGGUGUAAGUGAUACAGGUGAGUUAUUUACAUGGGGAUGUGGAAGUGAUGGCAGAUUAGGUCAUCCUGAAGCUGCAGGUCAUAGGUACUUAUAUCAUUCUAAUAUUCCAAAAGCUGUAGAAGCUUUUUCAAAGAAACGUGUUUUAAAAGUAUCAGCAUCUUACUAUCAUACUGUUGCUUUGGUUCAAUAAUUUAAUGAAACUUCUUAUUUAUUUAAGUAUUUAUUUAAAUUUUGGAUUUUUUUUAAGUAUUUUUAAAUUUUUUAUGUUAUUAUUUGUUUCAUACCUAAAUUUUCUGUUUUAGUAUUUGAUAUUUAUAAU